AUGGCUCGUCGCGCAGCGGUGCUGCUCGAGGGCAGGGUGCACGUGGCCAACGCGAGGGGCAUGGGCGCGCAGAUCGCGGCGGGCUCUCUGAAGUACACAGACGCGGCCCAUAUGGCGUUGCACUGCCUACAGAUCGACCCGAACGAGACGCGCACGAUGACCGCGCCGAAGCUGAAGAACCAGAUCAAGCGCAUGUUGGCCGAACGCCAUGCAGACCAAUUGGGGGGGCCCGCGGGGGGCGACAAGAUGCCCAUGACCCUCCCCCCUGCCGUGUUCACGUACUUCUGCGACGUCACGACCGCGUUCCAGGAGGUGAAGGACGCUUUCGCCGAUUGCCGCCCCCCGAGGGCCUACGCGCGGCAGGCCGCGGCCCAUGGCGGCGCGGCUUCAGCGGCGGGCAUGGCCCUGGUCGCUCCGCCCGCGGGCGCGGCCGCAGCGGGCGGCCCUAUUGUCGCGGCGGGCCCAGGCAUUUCCUACGACGGCCUCACGCACGCAGAAUUGCUGGAGCGCCUUCAUGCCAGGGACGCCACCAUCGCCGCGCGCGACCAGACAGCGGCAGCACAGCGGGCGACGCUCAGGGACCUCACGAGAAACCGAGACCAAUGGCAGCAACGGGCAGCACUACUUGCUGACCAGCUAGCAGAGCGAAACCAAGAGGAGCAAGUGCUGAUGCAGGCUGUUCGGUUCAGGAGCGGCGGGCGCGCCAACGUGUCCUUAUUCGGGGGGUGCACGCUGGCUUUGCGGCGCAACGUGGCGCACGCAGGCGGCGCAGCCACGGCAGCCAUGGUCGCCGGUGACGAGCUUCACGGCGCUGUGAAGGACAAGCGCACGGUAUGGACCUACGAACACAGGGCCGCGGCAGCCGUGCGCGCGCGGGCACUUGUCGCCAUGGGGGGUCAG